AUGGAUACUCUGACUUACUGUACGGGGGAAUCAGAAGCUGUCCUAUGUAAAUCACUUUACCCUUUGAGUAAAACAUCAGCAACUCAGUAUUCCAAAUAUAUUCGACCGGUUGUUACAGAAUGUCGUAAGCUCUUGUGCAUGAAUGUGAAGCAGCCCAACGCGAUCCGUCUCCUCAGUCGUCAGGGAAAAUACACCGACACCAUGUUAAAGGCGGAAUCAAUUCGCCACCUCAGUUCCACAGAAUCUCAUCCCACACACCCUUUGCUAUUUUUUGCGGUUGGUGGAGAAGAACUUGCUAUUUUAUCACCUCAAAUCCUUGCGACUGGUGAGUUAUCGGUUUCUGUGAAGGAAUCCUCGUAUGGAGAAGAAUUAUAUGCUGCUACAGCAGGUGAUAUCGGAAAGGUGUUUGUACUCGGACAAAACCAUCUCUUUGAAGCCAAUGAGACUACAGGGGAAGUGUUGAAAACUAUAAACCUAACACCCAAGACGGUAGUAAAGUACCCCGCUUUUGACUAUCACCACAAGGCCAAUCUGGUUGUUCUUCCUGCCAAGAAUACACACUUAGAUCUUAUUUCCUUGCAGACCCACAAGAGCGUCCUUAGCAAAGCGUGGGAGCCCCACACAGACGCCGUUCCAAUAUUUGCGCGCUUUUUUCAUGUUCACAUGUUCGAAGAGGAAAAGGAUAGUGGGUCUGUUUAUAUGGUGACUGCUGCGCGCAACAACUCGGAGUUGAGGUUUUGGUUCUUCAACACUGAGACUCAGCGAUUCAACCUUAAGCAGGAGAUUACUGUUGUCGACGAAGACAACAAAUCGACACCUCCUGCAGGAGAAUUCGAAAUCAGUAUUACGCCAAGCGAAGAAUACAUUAUCCUCACCUCACAGCAACAUGCCUUUGCCGUCGUUAUUGAAUUACACCGCACUCUAUUUAAAGUGCACCGUAUGACUACUUGGAAGACGCAGGGCCCUGCGCUGUGCUGCGCCACAAGUAUCGGAAAGGUUGCGGAGAGCGCGCAAAGUAAGUCCGUUAGCUACGAACUAUUCGUUACCUUUCGCACCCAAGAGGGAUUUUUCCAAGCGAUGCUAGACAGCAACAAGCUUAUGGGAGCAUCGAACACAACUUCUUCCAUCAAUGAUAAAACUUCUGCGGUUGAUUCGAUUUCUAACUGGUUUGGAAAGUUAUCCUCUACAGAUACGACUGAUAAAUUUACCGAAAUGAGCAACCGAGCUGGAAACAAUACACAGCUUACAGCGGUUUCGUCAUCGCUUUUAGGUGACAAUAAAAUCGCAAACACCAUUUCUGAAACAAGUGCAGGAAAGGUGGUACGGCAACAAGCGGUGAAAAUUUGCGAGCAACUUCUCCAGUUCGAUUCUGACCUUGCCAACGCACAGAAAAGUGCUUCGGAUAACCUUCGUAUGUUUCAGGAUUCCCGCUUUCGGGAGGAGGCGCAGUCUAUAGGGCGUCAAUUUGCCACACGAAAUCAGGGUCGUCUGCAGUGGACCCCCUCCAGUCGUGUCCCAGGUGUCCCCGAUCAACGUCUGGAGCCUUGCAUGAUGUCUGAACAGCAACAGGAGCUACUCCAGAGCAUUACUAACUUCGUAAAUGAAAUUGAGGGAGGUAGCGCUGCUGCGACUUCGGCAGCCCUCAAGGCGUUGCUGCAUAAGCAUCUCAAAAACUCUGUUGAGAAGGUGUUGCUCCAUCAGGAUCACUUGGAUGCGACCGGAAUGUCGGCCUCAAACAUUUCGUCCACCGCUGCGGCUAAACAAUUUCGCGCCGAUGUCGAGGCUUCCUCACGGCAGAUGUUGGCCACGCUGCGCGGGCUCCAUACGCCGAUGAAGACCAUACUUGAUGCCUCGUCCAAGGAGACGCUAUCGGUAGUCCAGCAGGCACGAAGCUUUGCUGCGUCCAUCAAGAAAGGCCUAGCUGAGCUCAAACAUGAACUCGCGGAGGUCAAGACCUCCUUGGCGACGCUGCAUAGUUCAGCAAAGCCGGCGCCAAUGGACUCCGACACGCUCGUCACCUGCGCCGUUUCACAGGCAGAGACCGGUGACUGGGCUGGAGCCCUCACGAUGUUAUUAGAGUCUAGUGACCUCUAUGCGUUGUUAAAGUUUCUUGAAAGUAAUGUUUGCCAAGAAAACAUGUCGGUCUUGACGAUGCCUAACACUCUCACCCUCCCACUUUUCCUCAGUCUAUGUCUCCAGUUGACGUUUGAACUGAAUGGUGAUCCAGGCGCUAUUUUACAGCGUAUAAGUAUGUUACAUCACUUUUACGUGAACUGGGACGAUAGCUUAAAGAAUAUGAAGGAACAGGCCUCCAAGGAUUCACGACAUGCCAAAGCAUUUGAGCUGACUAAACGUGAACUAAGAACAGUGCAAGGCUACUUAGGGGCAAUUGAUAUUAUGGUACUUGACCGUAAAAAUAAAAACAAAUAUCGCUUAGUAAAAAAACUAAUCGAUGAUGUUUUAGAAAAUUAG